GAAACACUGGAUUGAAGGGAGCCGCCGAGCGCUCUGCCGCCGCCCGGACCUCCCGCUCUCGCCCGGGCGCGGGAUGCGAGUCGGGCCGGAGCCCCAGCCGGCCCGAAGAAAUGAGUGGCGGCUUGGCGCCGAGCAAGAGCACCGUGUAUGUGUCCAACUUGCCCUUCUCCCUGACGAACAACGACUUAUACCGGAUAUUUUCCAAGUAUGGCAAAGUUGUGAAGGUUACUAUAAUGAAAGACAAAGAUACGAGGAGGAGUAAAGGGGUUGCAUUUAUAUUGUUUUUGGAUAAAGACUCUGCACAAAACUGCACCAGAGCCAUAAACAACAAACAGUUGUUUGGUAGAGUGAUAAAGGCAAGCAUUGCCAUCGACAAUGGAAGAGCGGCUGAAUUCAUCCGAAGGCGAAACUACUUUGAUAAAUCUAAGUGUUACGAGUGUGGGGAAAGGCUAAGGAUCUGA